CGCAUCUGCUACAGGUUCAAACACAGAACACAAAAUGAAGGUUAUCCAAUCCGCCGACGAAUUCAAGCAAGCCACUUCCGUGUCCAAUCUCGUGGUUAUCGACUUCUUUGCAACUUGGUGUGGUCCAUGCAAGAUGAUCGCUCCAAUGCUGGAGAAGUUUUCUGCCGAAUACAGCAGCUUCGACUUCUACAAGGUCGACGUUGAUGAGCUGCCUGAAAUUGCCUCUCAGUAUGACGUCACUUCCAUGCCAACAAUCCUCUUCCUCAAGGACGGCAAGGAGGUGAAGAGAAUUAUCGGUGCUAACCCAUCCGCUAUCAAGGCUUUCUUGGCUUCCCAGGCUUAAGUUUAUAGUCACUCUAAUGUAUUCAUAUUGAG